UACGUAACUAUCAGCAAAAUUGAAACAUACCCUUCCAGGUUGGGAAUAUUCCUAAUUAAUCUGAAAUGUUUUCUGCUAUGGUUAAGACUAUAAAUGUAUAAUAUUUUAGAAUUGGUGCAUGCCUAUAAUUCCAGUGCUCAGGAGGCUGAUGCAGGAGGAGUUCUGUGAUUUUGAGGCCAGGCUAGGGUGCCUAAGUUUGUUCUAGGUCAGCUUGGGCCAUACAGUGGGUCUGUCCCAAAAAACAUAACAAACAAAAAAAUCCUAAACCACCCAACAAACAUGUGACCUCUUCAGACAAACAAAACCCAACAUUUUUAUUUUCAGAAUUAAUUAUUCAUGGAAUUCUUUAUUGGAAAAAAAGAAAUAUAGAGGGGAAGAGUGAAGCCGGGAGAGUGGUAGAACCCAACAUGUGGGGUGAGACUGUCUGGAGGAGGUGGCGGUAAAGGCAGCCGUGGACGGAUGUGAGAGGCGAGGGAGAAGACGUGACCACCCAGACAAGGCUAUUAUAGCUCAGACUAGUCUCAGAUUUGAACUCACUGUGCAGCUGAAGAUGAAGUUGAACUUCUGCUCCUCUUGCCUCUUCCUCCAGAAUGGGCAUUGAAUUUUAUAUCAGAAUGGAAUCGAGUGAUGGCUUUUUCUUUAGAAUUUGAAUAUGGAGGCUUCAGGAACAGAUGAAGUUGACAAGCUAAAAUCUAAAUUUAUGUCUGCUUGGAACAACAUGAAAUACAGUUGGGUGUUGAAAACAAAGACGUAUUUUAGUAGAAAUUCACCUGUUUUAUUACUUGGAAAAUGUUAUCAUUUUAAAUAUGAAGAUGAAGACAAGAUGUUGCCUGCAAGAUCAGGAUGUACCAUUGAAGAGCAUGUGAUUGCAGGAAAUGUGGAGGAAUUCCGUAAGGAUUUCAUUUCUAGAAUUUGGCUGACCUACAGGGAAGAAUUUCCUCAAAUAGAAGCCUCAGCCUUGACGACAGACUGUGGCUGGGGCUGUACGCUGAGGACUGGCCAGAUGCUCUUGGCUCAAGGGCUCAUACUACACUUUCUCGGUAGAGCUUGGACCUGGCCUGAUGCACUGCAUAUUGAGAACUCAGACUCUGACUCGUGGACUUCCAACACCGUCAAAAAGUUUACUGCAUCACUUGAAGCCUCGCUUUCAGGGGAAAGGGAGCUCAGAACUCCAGCAGUUUCUCUGAAGGAAACGAUCAGGAAACAUCCUGACGACCUUGCAGCGCAGAACGAGAUUUGUCACAGGAAAAUUGUCUCUUGGUUUGGAGACUCCCCUGUGUCUGUUUUCGGCUUACAUCGACUCAUAGAGUUCGGGAAGAAGUCUGGGAAAAAGGCUGGAGAUUGGUACGGGCCAGCCGUGGUUGCUCACAUUUUAAGAAAAGCAGUAGAAGAAGCAAGACACCCUGACUUACAAGGACUAACUAUUUAUGUUGCUCAGGACUGCACAGUUUACAAUUCUGAUGUAAUUGAUAAGCAGACCGACUCUGUGACCUCUGGGGACGCCAGGGACAAGGCUGUUAUUAUCUUAGUUCCUGUUAGACUUGGUGGAGAAAGAACCAACACUGACUAUCUGGAGUUUGUGAAGGGUGUGUUAAGCCUUGAAUACUGUGUAGGUAUUAUUGGCGGCAAACCUAAACAGUCGUAUUACUUUGCUGGAUUUCAAGAUGACAGUUUGAUUUACAUGGACCCUCAUUACUGCCAGCCUUUUGUAGAUGUCAGCAUAAAGGAUUUCCCUCUCGAGACAUUCCACUGUCCUUCUCCUAAGAAGAUGUCAUUUCGGAAGAUGGAUCCUAGUUGUACGAUAGGAUUUUAUUGUCGAAACGUCCAGGACUUUGAACGAGCAUCUGAAGAAAUCACCAAGAUGUUGAAAAUUUCCUCUAAGGAGAAAUACCCAUUGUUUACUUUUGUGAACGGCCAUUCCAGAGACUUUGAUUUUACAUCUACUGCAGCCAGUGAAGAAGACCUUUUCUCAGAGGAUGAAAAGAAAAAAUUCAAAAGAUUUAGCACAGAAGAGUUUGUCUUGCUUUAAAGACGAGUGCAUUCGUGUUUCUGAGAAGCGCUUGACCACAGGAGGGCCACGGAGAGUAACAAGCAGGCACGAGAUCCUCUGCCGUCCAAUCCUAACAGUGCGCAUUUGAAAACACCCAAACGUGCAAGGAUUUUUCUGAAAGAAAUGACUUGAUGGCCUUGCUUUCGAGUGAUAAUAACAGUGGUUCCGGUUACAUUCCUGCUGCCCAAAGACAUGCUGACGAAACACUACCUUAACCAUAAGCCUUUUGGUCCCCAGCAUCUUCUACCUGAGCCCGUUGGUCCCCUGGAGGUUUUGUGAUACAGGUUCCCUCAAAGAUUGGGAUCACCAAACUAAUUUUCAAAGCCUUGCUUGGUGUUAAUGACAAGAGACCAGAGACUGGAUCUUCAGAACUACCCAGGCUCCUGCUGUUAACGGAACCAGAGGAUGCUUUGGAUUUGUGUAUCUGGAUAACUAAAUGGACACAUCAAAUCAUGUAAGCAGGAGUUUAUGGCAAUACUUAACAACAUGGUUUUAUAGUAGCUACUCCUUAUGCUUGUGCAGAGCAGUGAAGAAUGAAUAUAAAGCAUUGUCUUUUCUUUUCUUUCUUUGCUUUUUUUUCCAAUCCUGGGGAUCGAGCCCAGGGCCUUGUACAUGCUAGGCAGAUGUUCUACCUCUGAGCUGUCCUAAAGUGCAGAUUUUCCCCAUGUAUUUAAAAGUUAAGUUUUUAGUAGUAUCUAUAUUUAUUUUAAUUAGAUAAAGGAAAUUGUUUCCUAUCUUAAAAGUGAACUUUUGUAGUAUGAUAGGGCAUCUCUUGGGUAUACAAUGGC